AUGGGCGGGGUUACGCAGUCCGACAGGGGGCGGGGCUGGCCGAGGCGUGUCUGUCAGGAUCCAAAACAACAAUCCCAGUGCUGCCCCCGGGUACACCGAGCUGCACAGCGUAACCCUCGCCUGCCACCCCGGGCCGCGCUCCGCCAGCCGUACCCGGCAUACACCGCGCGCCCCGCACCUCCGGCCCGCUGGCACUCACCGCACAGCCCCUCACCCGGCCCUCCAGCUCUCCCUGCUCGUCCCAGCUCCGCUCUCACCGGCUGGAAAAUGGCGGCCUCGGUCUGUGUCAACAUUCAGAUGCUGCUGGAGGCGGCCGAGUACCUGGAGCGGAGAGAGAGAGGUGAGAGAGAGCCCUGCCAGCUGUAUAAUAAUAAUAAUAAUAAUAAUAAUAGAGAGAGCCCUGCCAGCUGUACAAUAAUAAUAAUAAAAAAUAAUAAUAGAGAGAGCCCUGCCAGCUGUAUAAUAAUAAUAAUAAUAAUAAUAAUAAAUAAUAAUAAUAGUAAUAAUAGUAAUAGAGAGAGCCCUGCCAGCUGUACAAUAAUAAUAAUAAUAAAUAAUAAUAAUAGAGAGAGGUGAGAGAGCCCUGCCAGCUGUAUAAUAAUAAUAAUAAUAAAUAAUAAUAAUAGUAAUAGAGAGAGCCCUGCCAGCUGUACAAUAAUAAUAAUAAUAAAUAAUAAUAAUAGAGAGAGCCCUGCCAGCUGUAUAAUAAUAAUAAUAAUAAUAAUUAAUAAUAGAGAGAGGUGAGAGAGCCCUGCCAGCUGUACAAUAAUAAUAAUACAAAAUAAUAAUAAUUAAUAAUAAUAAUAGAGAGAGGUGAGAGAGCCCUGCCAGCUGUACAAUAAUAAAUAAUAAUAAUAAUACAGGCUGCACAAACUGUCAUAAUAAUAAUAAUUAAUAAAAGAGAGGUGAGAAAGCCCUGCCAGCUGUACAAUAAUAAUAAUAAUAAUACAGGCUGCACAAACUGUCACACACUAAUAAUAAUACAGGCUGCACAAACUGUCACACACUAAUAACAACAAUAAUAAUAAAUAAUAAUACAUAAUACAGGCUGCACAAACUGUCAGACACUAAUAAUACAGGGUGCAUUGUAUGUGUGCACAAACUGUCAGUGAGCUACACACAGUAUGCUGUGUAUGUGCCCAGUACUGUGUGAUUUCAGUUUCACUUUGUGUGUGUGUGUGUGUAUAUAUAUAUAUAUAUAUAUAUAUGUAUAUGUAUGUAUGUAUAUAAACAUGAUUCCUUAUGUUCAUGAAUACACAGAUUGUGUGAGUGAAAAGGGUCUGAUCUGCGUGAGUGAAUGGGCAUGGAUCCCCGCGUAUGCGUGAGUGAAUGGGCAUGGAUCCCCGCGUAUGCGUGAGUGAAUGGGCAUGGAUCCGCGCGUAUGCGUGAGUGAAUGGGCAUGGAUCCGCGAAUGUGCACAGAUAUGUGAGUGAAUGGGCAUGGAUCCGCGAAUGUGCACAGAUAUGUGAGUAAAUGGGCAUGGAUCCACGAAUGUGCACAGAUAUGUGUGAGUAAAUGGGCAUGGAUCCGCGAAUGUGCACAGAUAUGUGUGAGUAAAUGGGCAUGGAUCCGCGAAUGUGCACAGAUAUGUGUGAGUAAAUGGGCAUGGAUCAUGUGUAUGUAUGAAUGGACACCGAAUGUCAUGGAUAAAUAUAGAUUUAGAAAGCUAGUUUAUGGUGUUUAUCAACAGAAUGCUUGUUGAUGUAGGUUUUUUGAGAAGAUAAAUGUGUACAUUUUCUAUGCACUGUCUGUGGCAUUAAAACCUCUUAUUUACAACUUAUUCUAUUCGCAGUGCCACAUAAUUAACAUUAUAUAAACAUCCACAGUAGCAAAAAAAAAAAAUGAUUGUAUGCAUGUCUGUGUGUGUGUGUAUAUAUUAAUGUGUUAUUUAUUUCCUCUCUUUAGCAUAUCUAAAUAUUGACAAUAUGUGUUCAGGUCAUGCAUGGAGAAUGAUGUAAAUACUAUUUUUAGAUUUGUGCAUUGAUGUUCCUUUUUUGUAUGUGUGCUAUUACCAUUUGGGUAGAAAAUACUCAUAAGCGUGGGUCCUUCUGAAUUCAUCAAAGACUAGUAUGUGAUUGCCUUAUAGUCAUAUAGGAAGACUUAAUUAUUUUUUUUUUGCCAUGUUGAGCCUGUCAGUUUCUUUCGCUGCAUGAUUCAACCAUCUAUACAGAUUUUAUUUCCUGCUUGUAGGUGGGACAUAAGCUGUGUAAUAUUUUUUUCUUUAAUAAACAAUUACAGAGCAGCACAUGCUACCUUUAGUGCAUUAGUAUGUUUAGUGUUUGGCAUCAAAUUAUUUUUCAUUAUCAGUAACUAGGUGUCUAUUAUCAUGUUAAUAUAUGGCAUAAUUCACAUGCUACUGCAAUGUUUUGCACAAAUAUGGAGCCUUGUCCUUCUCUAUGCUCUCUCGUAGCAAUGUAGAGAAAUAUAAGCACCUUCUAAAAAUAGAGGUCAUUUGCAUUAAAAAAAAAAAAAAGACAAAAAUUCGGGAGCUUCUAAAAGAAGGAAGGUCAGCAGCAUUUAGAUGCACAGCAUGACAUAUAUAUCUAUCUAUCUAUCCAUGUUACUUGAGGUGCAAAAGAGAGACCUGAGAGAAUUAUUUUUUUUCCUCACAAGGAAUUGAAUCUAUUUUUUUUUUUUUUUAAUGAAUGUAUAUGUAUUUUUAAAAACUGUGACACUCGGACUGGCUAUGAAAAACAGUUGCAUGGCAAUAGUUUUCUGCUGGAAAUUCCUCUGUAUAAUUCACUGUAUAAUGUUUGACUAAAUCAGCAUGCUCUGUUGAAGAUGUUUUGAAAUAGGUUUUUCUUUAGUUCUAGAAGGUAGGGGUAAAAUAAGCUUAGCUCUUUGUGUACUGUUUGUAUUUCACCAAUAUUCACUGCAGACGUUUUGAGUGUGUGUGUUUUUUCUUGUAUUUUUUUUUUUUUUUUAAAAAAGGUGUGUGGUUCCUGCAAGUCGUCAUUGCAUUUUCUUUGUGUAAAGUACAAAUGUCACAACACACAAUUUUCUACUAUUAUGUUGACACUAGCCGUUUGUCUUAUAAGAGAUGAAAGUCAAGGCCGCAAUUUUAAUUUGUUGUAAAAUUAUAAUUUCAAUAAAUGCCUACGCCAUAUUAAGAUUGGUAGAUCUAAAUAUUGUGAAUGUCUUCAUUUGAAGCCACAGAGCUUACGUGUGUAUUUUAUAAAUAACUGGAUACUAGUUACAUGGAUUGGAUUUUAAAAUUUAUUUUACUUUGACUUUAUUUUAGCACAAUCUAUUUCCAACCACAUCUAGAAAUGAUUGGUUUUGGAGCAAAUCUUGAGGGAAAUUAUAUUAAAAAAAAAAAAAAAAAGGUGCUAUUUUAGGUGCAAAUUGCUAAAUGUUGAGAUGCGUUCUUUUGGUUUCCAUGGUGAUGACUUCUUAUUUAGCACUUUGCCCUCAAAUAAAACCUUCAUACAUUUUUGAACAAUACAGUUUUCGCAUGUCUGGCUUUAUGUGUUUAAGAAAAAAGAAAGGAUUACAUAGCCUAUUAAUUCUCAUGUAACAUGUUUAUUCCGCUCUGUGUAGAAGCCGAACAUGGUUAUGCUUCCAUGUUACCUUCGAAUAGCAAGGAGAGAGAGAACAUGAAGAGGAAAAGCAAAUCAAAGAAGAGCAACAGUAGCAGGUAGGAAAAAAACAACAAAAAGGCCUUGUUUUUCAAAGAGCUUUAUCAGUUUGCCAGUGCAGUGCACAUGUGACAUUUGGCAGGCUGCAAACCUCCUGUGGAUUCAGGCCUUCUCCAGCACAGAGGAACAUCUUUUCAAUGGUGUUAAUGUUUCCAUAAUCGGCAUCAUGUGAAAUAAAUAAAUAAAGCUGGAACUGUACAAAUCAUUGGAUUGAGAAGCAUAAUGGAGGAGAAUUUAAAAGCAGGAUGUCUUUAUUAAUCACAGCCAUGGUUUAUAAACCGUAUUAAACAAAAAUGUGUUUUUGUAAUAUGCUGAAAUACAAACAUUUGGUGGGAAUUAACACUUCGGCUUUAAAAGGGAUGAAUAUCACAGUUUUAUUUUUAGCAACAACAAAUACUGCAAUGCUAAUGUGGCAGACAGCAGUUUAGAUUAUAAUGACCUGUACACAUGCUUCCGUUAACACUAAACUUGGAAUUUUAGUGACAUGACAUAUAAGUUACAAAAUCCAAUCCAAAAUUGUUCCAUUUUGGAAUAAUACUUUCUCAGCUUUUCAAGCCUACAACUUGCAAGUCUGUUGUUGAUUCAUUUAUCUCUGUUGGAGAUGAUUGUAAAACAUAUACUACACUGUAGAAAAAUGGGUAGCUCAUGACAGAUAUAUUUUCAUAUGUUCUAAUGUGUAAUUUAAGAAAAAGUCAUUUAUUGGAUUUUAGAAUGUGUUAUGCACUGCCAUUGAGUCCAUUGUUUCAUUGGGCUUUCCCAUGAGUGAUAAGUUCAGUAUGGUGGGUGUAAUGAUUGCAAUAAAUGCUAAAUACAAGAUAAAAUUAGUCGGGAGGGGAUAUAAUCUUUAUGUAAUUACCUCCUUUAGAUUUUAUCGCUGUUGAUGGAAUUAGACAAUCUGCAGAUAGGAAAAACAAUGUUUCAAUUAGAUUGUAUGAUUCAUGCUACAGACAUUUUAAAUUUGUUAAUUCUCUGUAGAUAGUUUUAACAAUAAUGCAACCCUCUUGGGCAUUCUUAUGAUAUAUAUGCAGAUUUUCUUUAUGAUUUAAAGUAAAAAUAGAAAUCUACUUCUGAUUAACCUUAGCUGUGGCACAUCACCCUUCUUUUUAAAGUAGUAAAUUUCUACUGACUUUUAUUCACCUGUUUGCUGGGCUAACAAUUGCCACCACAGCUGAAAUCAUCUAUCCCCAUAGGGAAGCAUUGGAAGGCUAUUGCACAUGCGCUGCAAGGCAGCAUCUCCUCAAAGAGAUGCAUUAAAUCAAUACUAGAAUGUAAGCUUGUAUGAGCAGGGCCCUCAGCAACCAUUUUAUAUAAUAUUGCAUCUUUUUUGGGAGCGCUCAGCAUCUCAAUGCAGCGCAUAGAGACACUAAAUGUCAGUCCUGCAGUCAGCUUGACAGCCACUUGAAGGUGAAUUUAGGGAACAGUGUAAACAUUGCCUUUUCUCAAAAUCAGGCAGUGUUUUCACUGAUGAAGCUGCCGGUACAUCCUAUAUGACCAGAACCACUACAUUAAAGGACCACUCCACACUCAUGAAAUAAGUAAAUUAUGGUGGAACAGACUUGUAUUAGUCAAAUUCCAGCUUUUGUUUUGAUUUAGAACUUGCACAAUUUCCUCUGUCCUUAGUGGGUUAAGCUGACAUGGUUCUGCCUGUAGUGUCCCUUUAAGCUUUAUCAUUCUGUGUGUGAAUAUUUUUAUUGGCAUUUCUACAAAGAUAUUUGCAAAAGCCAGGUGGGCCCUGUCUGUGAUAACAAUGACUAUGAAACCUUUCAUUUUAUGGAAAUACCUCUAGUGGCUGUGUACCUGGCAACCAGUGAAAGCAUCACUGUUUUUCAUAAACUGCAGUGUUUACUAAGAUUAAAGGGACACUAUAGUCACCAGAACAACUACAGCUUAGUUGUUCCGGUGAGUAUAGUCAGUCCUAGCAAGCAUUUUGCUAUAAACACUGUCUUUUCAGAGAAAAGGCAGUGUUUACAUUGCUGCCUAGGGACACCUCCAGUAGCCACUCCUCUGAUGGGCACUGGAGGUACUUCCUGGGGCAGUGCUGAACAGCUGGCGGCACUGAUAUUCAGGGUCUCCAUCCUCUGCAUGGAGACACUGAACUUUCCUCAAAAAGAUGCAAUUCAUCUCAAGGAGGAGAUGCUGAUUGGCCAGCGGUGUGUUUGGUCCCGCUCCCGGCCCGCCUCCUUGGCAAUCUCAGCCAAUCUAAUGGCUAUGGGAAAGUAUUGUGAUUGGUUGAGAUUAUCAGUUCUGAUUAUGCCAACCUCGGGGGUGGAGCCAAAUGUUGGAGUGCUGGAGUGAAUUCUUCCCUGUGGUCCUGUGGGGUUGGCUGCAGCUCGGCGGUCUGUCGGGCAGGCAGGUGCACAGUGGAGGCGGGUGGCGAGGGAGCUCUGAUCCUCCUGCCCAGCUUCCUCACGCACCUCUCAGUGAUGCCGGGGCCGGAGUGACGUCUUAUUCCGGCACCUGCAUCACUGCGGUGCGCGCGAGAAAGCUGAGCAGGGAAGAGCUCGGGAGGGUGCUCCCUUGCCGCCAGCCUCAGGGGUCCCUGAGUUGGCCAUCCGGCCAGCUCUUGGGUGGCCCCCCAGGACAAGAGCCUGCAAGGCAUCUGCCAGGGCGAUUGGGGGGGGGAGUGGCUUUUUUUUUUUGCCGCUCCCUGAAAGUGCCACCCAAGGCAAAUGCCUUGUCAGCCUUGCGCUGGGUACAUCCAUACAUUUGUUGUAGAGGUUCCCUAAGUUUCAACAAUAUUGGUCAAUAAACUCUUCUCAGGAAAGUAUUUCCUGUAACACUAUGGCUGGCUUGAUUAUAUUUUGCAGGUGUCAUCUACUGCUUAGAGCUAGCAAUAUAAUAAGUAAAUCCCAGAUGUAAAUGAGGCAGAAAUUGCAAAGUGGCUUUUCUAGGAUUUUGUUUAGAGUUACACUUUGUUUAUUUUGGUCUAUUUUUGAGUUGGCUCACUGUUUAGUGAUUACUAUCUAAAGGUCUGUGCUUGAGUUUUUUUAUUUUUUAUGAAAUCGUUUGGAAAUAACUGGUGUCUGCAGUAGAAGUAUUUCUUAGUCAUGGAUAACCUUUUGCAGAAACUCCAGCUGUUUUAGCGUCUGCCAUUUUGUGCCUGAGAAUGAGAAACCACGCCAUCUGGAUUUUCAAUUACUAAGUCACAUGAGACACAUCUGGCAUGCAUAGAGAUAAAAGGACACUCCAAUGCCCAAAUAGAAAUAAUAAAUAGAAAUUAAAACAUGCAUGCAUUUAAUUAUGCACUUUUUCAUUGGGAGUGUAUGUAAAAAAAAUUAACAAGCCCUCCUCUUUUACCUUAGCCCAGACUUUCUGUGUUUGUCCAAUCAGACGUUCCAGUGCAGCUCAAUGAGAAGUGUUUGCAAGGCAGGUGCUGUGGGCAGUUGGCUGCCUCUUGAGUUUAUUUUCACUGAGCUAAACAACCAGGAAUUAACAGGACUGGUGGUCUGAAUGACAGCUUUAAGGUGUAUAUAACAAGGUUCAUUCAAAAAAUUGCCAAUUUCUAGUGAAAUAUGUACUUUUCUUUUUCUUUUUUUUUCUUUCUUUUUUUUUUUUUUAUGUGCAGAGUAGUACAGAUAGCCUUGCAAGGCCACAGUAGCAUUAGCAAGCGUACGAUAAGUCAUACAUAAUAUUUUCAUGGUAUUGAUGAGUAAGCACAUUUUUGUUAAUAAUAGGGUUGUUACAGGCUAGAUAACAUACGUCCAGGUUGCUAUAUUGCAGUAAAUGCUCAAAAUUAUGUUGACCAGCUGGACUGUAAGAGUAGAUUAAGGAAACAGAGUAAUACAGCGAUUAUCAAAGAGAAGUGUUCCUCAGUACACAUAGGUUGGGUAAACCGUCAAACCAUCAGGUAUAGGUCACGUAGAGUAUAGGCUGGUUAGAGGACACAUAAUUCAGGCAUAAUUAGCUUAGCAGGGUGGGUACCGUUUAAGUAGGGCUGUCAUAUAUAAGAUAAAACCUGCCAGUUAUGCCAUUAGGAAAGGUACACGGAGGCUAUUGAUUGGAGACAUAUGUUAAGAAUAAACAAAAUACUGAGAAACAAUCUUAAAUAAAAUAUAGGCAAUUCAUAGGUAAGACAAUGCUUUUGUAAAAGAUAAAGGUUUAGGUUAACUUAAGAACGUAAAAGCAGAUUUAUAACAGGAGUCCAUCAAAUUAAACAGGGUCUGUAAUGUCAUCACUUUAAUGUGCCAUCAGGCAGCCUGGGUCUUCUUACCCCCUCAUCCAAUGCCCAGUCUGUGGGGAGAUCGUUGGUCGCUCUGCAGUAGGCAAGCUUCAUGCAGGAUAACUUUUGUAAGAGUGUGAGGAUGUGCUGCGUCUGAGUGCCACAUGGUGUUCCUGUAUAAUGAUCCGCCAUCUUGUGGGGCUGUGGAUGUGAGAGUGCCGUUAGCUUGCUUCCCACUGCCACGUGCUUUCUACUGGGUUUUCCAAGCCUCCGUGGGGUGACAGGCAUGCGUCUUUUCAGUGAUCGCUGCAUCUUGCGGGGGCGUCGCUGGUCCGUCUGGAUGCAUGACGGCUCUGGGUGCUUUGCGGGUCUGUGCAAGCAGGUCUGUGGUUUCACAGGUUCAGCUGUGUGCUGGUCAGGUUUUGGUGUACCCGGCUGCCGUGCUGCCAAUUUUGCCCAGAAUCUGUCGAAGACUAAAUUUAUUCAUAUUGGAUGCCACUCUGCAAUACUGCCCAAGAGGCAUUGGGUGUAGUGGUGGGGAGCCUCCUGGGACUGAGAUGUCCCCCGCUGCUCCAAAGGGGGGAGGAGGAGAGGCAGAUGUCCGCUAUGAUUAGUAGGAGUCAGCGCUGGAGAGCGGCCCUCUCUCUGACACCUGAUGCGCUUGUAUGCUGCAGAAGGUUGAGCUGGUAAUCCGGACCUGAAAGGAUCCGGGUUUGGUGUCAGUCAGAUCACCGCGAUCCCUUCUUUUCAGCCCGUGAGUUUUGCGGUAGAAUCCGCUGCCUGACUGCAGGUAAUUGUAGUUUUAGCUUAUUGAGCUCAGGAGCUCGUGCAAUAUGCGUCCGUUCGGCUAGCCAGUCAAGCCCCGCCCAAAUAUGUACGUUUUGUAAAAGAAAAAAAAAAGGACACACUCUUGACACAUACUGCAGCAAGCUAAAGUGCAUUUGGUCUGUAGUGUUACUUUAAACUAACAUUGUAACAUAUUCUACCACAUCAAAAUUUGGUUACUCUGCAGUUAUAUGAGUUUGUUUUCUUGCUCACGUGCUUCUAACCCAUGAUGCAUUAAUCUCUAUUACCAAGUAGUUUGUAAAUCCUUUGCAGAAGUCUAUCACAGUCCUUCAUGUGUUUGUGAUUGUUCACGUUUAUUGUGAAACCAGACUUAAGAAGCAUAGGGUGGGUUCUGCUUUUGUAUGUAAAAAGGAAUCUGUUGAAUCAUUAACGUGCAGGGCUUUCAUUCUCUUUCUUAAUCAUGUCUGCUGCCUACGUAUUUCAAGUUUCUCCACAUGACAAGACUCCUCUCUGCUGACGAAUCAGAUGUUGAUCUGAUUGUUCUUUUUCACUGCAGAUGUCAAGAGCUGGGGAAACACAAGAUUAGGACAUUAGUGAAGUUCCUCUUGCAUUAUAUGCCAUUUCUGUAUUUUAAAAAAAAUUAUUAUAGACCUUCAACUUCUCAUAGGAGUAUGGCACCGUAGGUUGAAAAUAGAUGCCAGAGUAUGGUUUGCAUUUACAGAGGUCCCAUGUUUUUGACACUUUUGUUUUCUAACACAUCAACCAUUUACAAGCAUCCAGUGGUUAUAGUAUAUAGCGGAGUCAACAAAAUAUAUUCUUUAUGGUUUUGGGUGUGCCAGCUAUUUAUUCCAUCAAAUAAGUGUGUUUCCAGUGUAAUAUCUAAUAAUUAGGACAAUUCUUGUUUUCAAUUUAUAUAUAGGGUUUGCAAAUAUAACAUUACAAAUGUUUGUUAACAUUUCGUAUAAUAAUGCUGUGCUACACUGAAUUUUUAAAGACAAUGAAGUGUUUUUUUGUGUGUGUUUAUUGUUGUGGGUUUUUUUGCCUCCUGUUACUUAAAUUACUUUAACAGUCUUUACCUAAUAGGCUUUCUACUAGAGCUUUAAUUGUAAUAAAUGUUGUCAAAUAGUCUGAGCUUAUUCUUAAAGGGACUCUCCAGUGCCCGGAGAACAAAUCAAUUUUCCUGGCACUGCAGGAUCCUGCAGUGCCCCCCCUCCCUCCCACCCACAUCCCAUGUUGCUGAAGGGUUUAAAACCCCUUCAGUGGCUUACCUGAAUCCAGCGCCUAUGUCCUUCAGCGCUGAGUCAGGCUCUGCCCACACUCUUCUCCUGUCGAUGUCAGCUGGCGCGGGAGAUCUAAUGCACAGCAAUGGCCACACGCGCGCCUUAGACCGCCCUUUCCUAUGGGGAUUCCGGCAACGCCGGAGGUCCUCAUGCAUAGUGUGAGGACGUCCAGCAUCAUUUAAAACACUUUUCGUGUUCUAAGACGUUGGAAGUCCCUCUAGAGGCUGUCUGUUAAAAACUGCAAUAAUUACACUUUCAGGGUUAAGGGUGAUGGGAGUCUCCAAUGGGCAGAAGUGGUCUGUGUUCCUGUAGUGUCUCUUUAAUGCUGUGGCCAGAUCAAGCUAUGGAUUGAUACAAUUGCAAAUGUUCCAACUGAAAUGUGAUUGUGUAGUUGUCUUUACCAUAAAAACAGACGGCCAUACAGCUUACAUAAAGAAAGUUUGAGCCUCACAGACUUCCUUUAUGUAUGACAUUAUCCCAUAAGUAUUGUUACAAUGGAUUUUGAACAUUUGUUUUUUAGAAAAUUAAAGAAAAAUGUAAUUAAAAUCUCACAUUUUCAGAGUACUAAUAUUUCCUUUAUUGUAAUAACAAUAUCAUGUGAUAAAGUGAUUACUUUUAACAAGGCCUUACUUUCAAACUACAUGCUUUGAGCAUAGUAGACCACAUGGCUGAAUGUCUCUGCAAGGCCUUGAAUGCUAUACUAGAAUAGAAACUAUUUCCAUUUCUGACAUGGAACACAAAAAAUAAACCUAGCAUGCCAGAUCAUAGCCAGGUUUCUGUUUUUGUUUGGGCUCUAGACUACUAUGUUAUAAUAUCUCUAUUAAAGUGAUGCCAUUUUGAAGAAAUUAAAACUCCACCCAAACGCCAUGUUCCAUUGAUAUUGUAAAUUAUUACUUCCAUAUCAUCCAUUGCUUUGAAUUUUGUCAUUAGUUUCUUUGUGUAGUCUAUAUUUUAAAAAUGUACACAAAGAAACAACCUUGUCUCCUGAUAUUGUUUAGCUGUAGUUGUAUAGUGAUGUAAGGAUACACAAGGCACUUUUCUUGUACUGCUAUUUUGAGUACUUCAAAUGUAAAUCGUAAAUAUCCUUUGUUUCUUUCAAAUGUUGUUAUUUUUAUGAUUAUUACUUAAAAAAAACUAAUUAGAAUUUUUUGUCAAUGUUUUAAGAAUCAACAAUGUGUAAAUAUUAUGAUAUGUGAACAUUGACACAAUAAAUAUCAUUUGUUUCUUAAUCCAUACUCAAUAUCUGUGUGGAUGUUUGACAGAUCUGCUAACAUUCUUAGUUUUAUGAUGAGUUUCCCACUGGCAUAAGCAGUACUUCUGAUUGUUUAAAUGUUGUAUCGUCUUAAUCUGCCCUUAUUCUAUUCAGAAAAUCUGCUUUUUUUUAAAGGUAUGAUUUAAGAAAUUUUCAAUUCACUUGCUUGUCAUAUCCAAUCCCUUCCAGAUGGUCUUCAUUUCGAGUGUUCAAUUUGCAGGCCUGAAUUGGUUCCACUGUCAGCCUUUAGUUUGUUUUUCUAUCUGUCCUUCAUUGUCUAUCUCUGUCUAUUUAUGAUUAUAUAUAAUAAAUAUAUUAUAUAUAUAUAUAUUUAUAAACUCGCAGCUCCCAUAAUCUGAUUUUAAAGCCCAGUCUGUAACCUUUCUUUAGGUCUCUUUUCCUCUCUAGAAUCCACAUUAUUUAAAAUAUUUUAUUCAAAAAAACAAUCUCUUUAUUGUAUCUUCAUUUAUUAUAGUUUUUUUGGGGGGGAAAUCUAUCUCACCACAGGCUGAAUAUAAUAGGAAUGCAUUAAGGCAUUAAGGCAUCCCCACCUCUUCAUGUCCCUGAGUUGCAGUAAAACACCAAGAUCUUCAACCAGGAAAUGUUUCAGCCAAUUCUGGCCACUCUGUAGUUUUCAUUGAGAGAUCUGUGCAUUUUCAGUAAACACUUUAUACUGAAAGCAUAUUGUACUCCUAUAGCUUUCAGUGGGAUAGCUAGAGGUUGUCAGUAUCCCACAGAGUAAAAUCAGGAAUUUUGUGCGUAGAUUGCUGUUGAGAAUUAUGUACAUUUUAAAAUUUUUAUUGCAUUUUUUUCCAUCUUUUUUUUUUAAUAAAUAUUUUUAUAAGGUAUCCUAUUUCUUGCAGGGUAUGAAAUAUUGGCCUAUAAGCAGCAUAAUUAUCAGUUUUCCCCUACUGAAGGUGUGAUUAAAAAAAAAAAUUAGUCAAAUCAGUUACCCUACUUGUAUAUUUGUAAGGACAAGAUAAUAUGUGUAGCAAUGUGGCUUGGUAAAAUGACACCACAGUGCAAAAGGGCCUGUAUGUGGUCAUAAUGCCUACAUACAGUAAAUAUAGUUACAGCUAUUAUUCUGUACAUUACCUUUUAAGUAGCCACAGUAUCUUCCUAACCAUAUAUAUGCUGUACUGAUUGACAUGUAUGCUUUUCCUUCCUACCCCACCCUUAGCUUUAUAGUACAUUAAAGAAACACUCCAAUCCCCUUUACCACUACAACCCCUAACGUCUUAGUUUGGUGGUGCUCCACUACUGCUCGGCAAGAGCUGGAAGCUCUUUGCACUGAGUUAAGCUCAGCUGUACAGGAUUUAUCUCAUUGGCUGAGACGCUCUCAGCCUGUACUGCUCUGUAGUGGACAUGGUGCUUGGGUAAUUUAUUCCAAUUUCUCCCAUUUGUGUGCUUACUAAGGGGAAGGUGGGAAGAGUGUUCUGCCAUUUCAAGUCCCAUUGCAGAUCUUUACAGGGACAGAAUGAAAGUAGUUUUGUGGGAAAAAUUUUGUGUUGUAUUGUUUUGCAAUGUAAAUUGAAAGUGUAACCAUUUAUCUGUGAUUUUAGUGGUAAAUGUGUGUAAGGGAAAUUAAGAUUUUGAUUCACCAACUCUAUGGUCUUCUGUUGGCUUUAAAAUUUUAAUUACCAUGCUAUUACCCGGCUAAUAUUAGAAGGAAGGAUGUGACUAAUAUAUUGACUAUUUUUGUAUUUCAGGUCAACCCACAAUGAAAUGGAGAAGAACAGGUAUGUCUGGUUAUUUUACAGAAAUAUUUACAUCCAUAUUUAUUUGCUUGCUUCAUCUUUUAUAAUCCAUUUCCAACCCCUGCCCAGGUGACAUCUCAUUACUGAGUAGUCCACCCUUGUAUCUACAGAAACCUGUUCUGUUUUGUUUUCCUUGCAUUUUUGAGUCACUAUUUGUCCAUUGCUGGGUGAACUUGAAGAGAAAAUGUGUGUCACGUUCUGGGAUCUUUGUAUAUUUUGCAAAGACCACUGAUGGUGACUUUACAGCUGGCAGUGUGGUGGAUGCAGAGUGCAGGGAAAGAUAGGUUUUACUUACCUGACACGGAUGGCCGCCCCCAUCUACUAUUGUGGGGUUAUCUCAAACUCCUGGUGCUUAGUCUGCUAGGAGCCAUCGGCACUGUACUAUUGCACAUGCGUGAGUGUAUAACACUUGAUGUCUAAGUAGUCCCUACUUUGCUUUAUGGUAUCUUUUUUUAAAGAAAAAUGUCUCUGUAUGAAAUACUCAUUUGGGGUGGGGGGUUGUGAUUAGCAUUACAGCAUUUUAAAUAUUCCAUUUUAAUAAUUUGUAUAAAACCUUUUUAUAUUUUACAUGAACAGGCAAACUAUUUAAUUUCUGCUAAUAUUAAUAUAGAGAACUAUUUCUACAUGUUAAAAUAAAACAAUACUAAAUAAUAUUGCGAAACCCUGUAAUUAUCAAUUUUUGUUUGUUUAGGAGUAAAAUGUUUCAGAGUAUAUUCAGUUCUGAAUGCUAAAGGCAUAUAUGCAGCAAAGUUUGUACUGUUUUCAUUUAAAAAAGCAUUGAUUCUUACAAUUUCUAUGUAAUUAGUAUUUAUUUAUCUAGCAUGAUUCUCUAAGAGGGUGCUUUUGUCUUCUAAAUAUGGAGGACGUUGCCAUAAACUGUAUGCACCUUCAUACCAUGGAGUUCUCAUUACUUGUAGAUUUCUGGGAUAAAAUUAUGAACAUGUGUGCAUUUUACAUCUGUCUGUGUUUUGAGGAAAUCCUUGCAGUCGGCACCAAAAUGUUGAUAUAGCAAAAACUGCUUGCUGUAGGUGAGUCAUGCAGAAAGCUAGGCGCCCGACUGCUUAUAACCAUUUUACACUGGGUGAUUGGAAUUUUUGGCCUUUAUGUAGUGGUACCAAUGUACAUGUGCUUGCAUUUGUCUUGUACGGUAGGGUUUUAGGUAAUAAAAUAUGUUUGUGCUACUCUAUACUUUGUACCAAAAUAUUUUUUCCAAAAUUCUGCAGUCUGAAACUGUGCUUUAAUGUAUUAUUUUGGGUUUAGUUGAUUUUUUUUUUUCCUUUCUUGCAUUUAGACGAGCACACUUAAGGUUAUGUCUAGAAAAGCUAAAAGUAUUGGUUCCUCUUGGUCCUGAAUCCAAUAGACAUACUACCUUAAGCCUAUUAACCAGGGCAAAAUUGCACAUAAAGGUAAGUUAGGAGUACAGUAGCUAACCCACCUGUUCUGAUGUCUGCAAGUACGUAACUAGGGUUGCUCUUUGAUUUACAGAAACUUGAAGAUUGUGACAAGAAGUCACAACACCAAAUCGAACAGUUACAGAGAGAACAGCGACACCUAAAAAGGCAGCUAGAAAAAUUUGGGGUCGAAAGGAUACGGAUGGACAGUGUAGGAUCUGCUAUGUCUUCGGAGAGGUCGGAUUCUGACCGAGGUAAGUACUUAUACUUGAGUGUGUGUGUUUGUAUAUAAAUAUAUUUGUUAUAUUACAGGUUCGUAAUUUUUUUUUGUUUGUUUUUUUGUUUAGCCGUGGAAAUUGACAAAUAUGUAUGAAAAAUGUACAAAUAUAUUGCCUGCUGGAAUGCACAUUUACAAUUUUUAAUAAGGGAUUUUUGUGCAGGGUACUGGCGUGUAUGAGAGCCUUUUGGAUAGGUCUUCACCAUUUAAGGCUUUCUUUUUAACUCUUGAUAGCAGUGGCACAUUUGCCUUGAAUUCAGCAGCUCAUCAGUUUCUGAUCUAAAAAAUACAGGCUGCUAGGAGCAUGUUCUGCCAACCACCAAUAGGCAACUAGUAUAUCGUGAGCUCCCAUUAAUUCCACUGUGCAUAGGAGAGGAAAUGUAUAUAAUAUAUUUAGUGUGACAGGAAUUGCAGGUUACUUAGACAUUUGUUAUAAUCAACUGUUAUUAAAGCAAACAUCUAAAAAAUAAAAUGGGCACAAUUAUUUUAUUUAAUUAUGGUUCCAAUAUAAUUUUUGAUUUGACUUCUUUUAAUCUGUAUUUGCAGAAGAAAUUGAUGUGGAUGUUGAAAGCACAGACUAUUUAACUGCAGACCUGGAUUGGAGCAGCAGUAGUAGCAGCGUGAGUGACUUGGAUGAGAGAGGGAGCUUGCAAAGCCUCUGCAGUGACGAAGGAUACUCAAGUGCUGGCAUUAAAAGGAUACAACUACAAGACAAUCCCAAAGCCAGUGUGACCCUAUAAAUCAUCUUUUAAACAAGGUGAGGGGGUGGAGUUUCAAACAUCCCAGCAGUUCUCCCCCCACCCUAGGUUUCCCACGUCAGAUACUGUCUUAUCUAGCAACUGCUUCACACCAUAAUCUUGCACGUGAACUGUCCCACUCAGACUUUCUCCCAGCUCUGGUUCCUUACCCCUUCCCUAUAGCUCCUGAGAAGUACAUGGCUGUCAGUUUACACAAUAAAGAUGAUAUGCUGUCCCAUCAGCCUGUACUUCUCCAGUAGACAACAUUCCAGAAACACAAUGAAGCACUCGAAGGAAAAAAAAUAUAUAAAUAUAUAUAUUUCUAUCUGUGUACUGGGAGCUAAAGCGCUGUUCUGGUAAUGCAGUAAAGUGGUAACUGUUAUUCCACUUGCUCACCAGGUCAUCACCACAUCUUUACCCACUAAAAAUGGCCAAAACACAAGGUCUUGGUAUAUUUCUGUAACACCAAAACCUUUUAUUUGUGGGAUGUUGUUUUUGGUUUUUUUUUCUCAUCACGUGGGAUUCCAAUCUGGAAAUGGUAUGAAGGAUUAUGUCAAAAGCCUCUUGCUGUACAGCAAGGCCUUAGUUUACAGCUAAUUAUUUCCAAUGAGAAGCCACCAGGAAUCGAUGCAUAGGACGUGCAUGUUAACUCCUUGGUUCUGGCUUAGAAUGGUGAGAAUGCUGCUAACCUGUUUUUUAUUUUUUUCACAAAAUUGUGCAUUUGGUUUUAUUUUUGCACUGAACCCAGCACAGUCUAAAAUACAAAGCUGGAGCCUUAUGGCUUCUUUUUGGAAAUCUAUAAAGCAACUUCUUUUUUUCUUUUUCGUUUUCUUUCUGUUGUAUUUUUAUGUAUUUGGUGUCGGUUUUGCCUAAUUGUCAUCAUCAAUAUAUCUAUAAUUUCACACUUAUAUAGGGGACACACUAUGUCAUUUCUCUGUAUGAUUCCAUGUUACAUAUGGUAUAACUUUGUUUUAUAACUGGAAUCUUGAAACUGCGAAAUGAGCACGUUGGCACAAAUUAGGCCCCAAGCAGAGAUCAGUGUGCUCUCCUGCUAACUGUAAAAAAAGAAUUCAGGAUACAAAGUAUUCAGUUAUUUAACUCGUUAUUACGUGAUGCAGUAAAACCCCUGUUUCUUACUACUUAAUUUAAAUUUUUUUAUUUUUCUUUCUUAAAUUCCAAAGCAAAAAAGGGAUAUACCCUGAAGACCAUGCACUACAAUGCACAAAAUCUUGAUUGUUCUAAAUCUAAAACCCAGAAGUUGGAAAUUUAAUCUAACAGUGUUUGGAUGGGUACUUUGUCAUCUAUGGUUAAAGGCAAACUGCACCCUAAUGUCAUUUUGUUUCACUUUGUAACAUUCGCAGCUGCAUAGGAUUGUCCCUGUCCAUAUAAAGGAUUUGUGUUUUGCUCAAUGGGACAAUCAGUUUUAUUUCCUACCUCACAGAGAGAUGAACAAACAUGGCUUAGAGCAGGCAGAAGAUAGUUUGCUUUAAUUUUUCUUUUCUUAUACCCUGCAAACAAGGUUUAGUUACAGUCAGCUCAGAAACCUUCAACACCUGCUCUUUGUGCUGUCCAUACAGCAUCAUCUUGUCCUUAUGACCGCUGUUCACACUACAAUUUUCAGUGUUAUCAGGAGCUGGACCUUAUCCAAUCCAGAACGCCUUAAGUCAUAGGGAAGCCAUAGAGUUAAUGAAGCAAUAACCCGAAGCAUUAAGUUAACAAAUCUGGUGAUAUCGCAGCAAAGUUCUGAACAGCACCCAGCUCCUGAAUUCAAUGAACUUUAUUUAGCUCUUCCUAGUGUUUUGAUUUCAUACCCAAGUUUAUUAUCCUAAAGUGUAAUUAACCCUUUUAUCCCCAAACUUUUGAUUGGUUAGAUAUUACUAUUUUGUUUUUAUUGUUCUUGCAUGUUUUAAGAUGAUUAACCAGCAAUAUAAAAGUCCAACUAUCAAUAGUAACCCAUUGAGUACCAAAGGGGUAUGCAGGGCCAUUGCGCAUCCGAUGUUCAAAUGUUUAAACCUGUUUAAAAUUAAUAGUGUUCUAUCCAACCCUCUGCAGUAAUUAAGAAUAACGUAGGAUUGGAAACACUACGAUUUAUUAAAUAUAUAUAUAUUAUACACCCUAUUGGCAGGAAUAAAACUAAACCCUUUGACAUGAAGACAUUUAGUUGUGUUCUAAAUGACCCUCAUAAUAGCUAUAAAGUAGAAAUGAGGAUAAUAAACUAGUCUUUUAGCACAAAAAGGGCUUAAGAAGAUACUUAUCUAUUGCAGACCAGACAAUGUUUUGGACUAAUUACAUUAGUAACUUGAUUUCACCAUUUCACAGACAGACUGUUUUUUUUUCUUCAAGUUUGAACUGGUCAAAAGUCCUAACGCUGUACAACCCUCUUAUGUUAUGAUUUCGUAUUCUUUAUUUUGUUCUUGGUUUCUAAGUAAAGAAAUCUCUCCUGCUAAAAAAUUUUCUACCUUUAUAAAAGAGAAGUAUAUGUUCUGCUCUAAAAAAAAAAAGCACACCUAGAUGUACAUAAAUCACAUGGAAAUAUAUAACUAUUUAUUCAUGUUUUGUAUAGCUGAUGUAAUAGAGAUUCUUAUGAAUUUGUGCUUUUAUAAAUGUUCUGAAACACUUUUGGUUUUGUAUGUGUCUUUGUGUGGGUAAUUUGUGUGUGUGUGUGCAUAUAUAGCCACUUCCCAAAUGGAAAUGGUAAAUGUAGUCUAAAAUUCUCAUGUACAAAUGUUUACACCGAAUAUUUUAGCACCUCAUAACCGUCCCAAGUCUGGAAAGCUAGUGUUACCCAGUUGUCAUGAAAUGGGGAUGCCAUGAAUACAUUGGCUAUUAGUGGUGGUAUUGGCAGUUAUUUGCCUUUAUAUAUAGGCAUCCAUGUACCUUUUAAUAAUGUCACCUGGGUACAAAAAGCACUUGGUCAGAAGAACUGUAUCUGAUUGAUUUAUAUACUGCAAUUUAGUGAACUGAAAACUAAAAUUUUAAAUUUAGGCUUAAAGUAGCCAAGCUGCCACUAUAAUUGAGAUAUAGAACUUUUCCAAAUCAACAAUUUUUGCCUAAAAUUUGAACUUUUAAUUUUAGUUCAGUACACUUCACUAAAUCAUAACGAAAGGGUUGUUUCUGAAGUAUUCUAUAACAGUAAUGCCUGAACUCGAUGGCCAUUUUACCAUUAUUUUUUUUUCUUGGUUUAAAGAUAUAUCCUGAUUUUCAAGUUAUGGUUAUGAUGUUUGUCAAAGUCGCAAAUUAAGGUUAUACCCAGUGUGUGAUAUUUUUCUUUCUGUUAUGGGAAAUAUUGCAUUAUCUGUGUUCUGUUUUAACCAAUUCCAUGCACCAUGAUUGAAACAACACACAUAUACAUUAACUGUCUUCACUGUGCUGCAAACGCCAUUUUGUAAUCUAUUCAGAACCAAAACAAAUAUCUCUUCUGUACAAAGCUCUUUAGGUAAUGGGCAUUCGCUUUAAAAGCUAGAUAAAGCCUAAGGUCUUUAAAACAACACUACAUACUAUCUGCCUUUUUUAAAAAUGGGAUCAAUUUAGGUCAGCCUGUUCAUGGAGAACUAAACUUUGGUAUGUUCUGUUAAUACUAUUUUCCACCCUAGUCAUUUAUUACAUCAUAAAAUCUUUAUGCUUAUAGAGUUGCAUUAUUUUACAAGUUAGAUUUACAUACUUUUUUCUUUAUCAUGGUGCUAUGAGGAUGACACAGCCUUGUAUUAUAGAAGAAAAGGUGACAAGAAAACUAGAUUGAAAUUUAUUCCCCCAAACAUUAGGUUUGUGUCAUCUUUGACCAUCUACGUGGGUGUAAGUAUAAAACAGGUGUCUUCAGAAGAAAUAGGCCCAUAUCUUAACAUUGUCUAUAUGGGUGUCAGAUAUUUGGUGCCUUGUUACAUUUUUUUAUUUAGCAUGGUUUGCUAACUGAACAGAUUACUUUUCCAUACAUGUAAAAAAAAAAAAUAGAUAUAAAGUCUGAAUAAGGUACACAGCCUUGUUUUUAUAAACCAGUCCAUGAGCCUCCAUCUAAAUAGAGAUACCAUUAUAUUCUUAUGAGAGCUUAUGCUUACCAAGGUAUAUAACACAUGUACCUUGCUACAAUUAAUUGAUUGUAAAUUUUCAUGCUAAAAGCAAUACUUACAGAAAAAAAAGGUUUUAUGGACAUUGAUGUAGGCGAGCUCAGCAAUCCUGCAAGAAGCAAAGCAUAUUUGAUACUCUAUUUAUUCCAUCAGUUAUAAGAUUUGCUUUUUGAUGUACCUUGAUCAGAAACAAAUCUUCUCAGCUGCAAACUGGUACUUCAGGUUCAAGAACUGUACAUAGCCUGAUUGAGAAUGUUACAGACAUUAAAAAACCAAACAAACCAUAAUUUACAUUCAAAGCUGAACUGGACAAAACCUGGACCAUUCAGUAUCAUUUGUCCUAAUGUUUCACUGCGGGUGUCAAUCAUUUUGUACAAAUUUUAUAAUCAAGGUCUAUGAAUGCAUUGUUUUAAAUUCCUUUAUUUAUCCUGCUUUAAAAUGUUAGACGCAGUUGCUCAUUUCCGAUUCCCAUCAACCGUAGCAGCUAUUCUUACGUAUGAUCACUAUAAACUGCAUAGCUUUUGCAACUUGUGAAGUUGAACUAUUACUAUAAAGGCUAACUUAAUACUGCAUAAUUGUGAUUACGGUUUCAUGUAUUGCAUUUGAUUUGCUGGUACUUCCGUGGCACACUGUACCCCACUAUCAUGUAUGAAUUUAUUGGAUACUUCAAGUGACACUCUGAUACAUGAAAUAACGUUCUCCUUUCUUUAGAAGAACCAUUGACUAUCUUGGAGGAAAUAUUUAUCCGAUACCUGCACCGUCACUCUUGACAAAACAGACUAAAUACUAAACACAAACCGAAAAUAAAUCUACAAUUCAGCACACUUGAAACAUAGUACUUAAUAACCCAUUGGGCAAGUUCACUCCUAAAUAAGAUUCAUCAUAUUUUAGAUCUAUCUAUCUAUCUAUAUACAUAUAUAUUAUUAUUUUUCUUUUAGUUCUUAAAUAAAUAAAAAAAUCAAUCCUAAGGAAAGUGCCUAUAAUUUUCACAUCUUUUUAACACCAAACCAUUAUUAAAACCUAAGACAGGCAGCCAAAAACAUACCAGAUACAUAUAAAAAUAUGAAUAGUUUUUUUUCUUAAUACUUAAAUUUAAUUAAUUGUAUCUCUUUUAUUGUGAUUUAGGAUUUAAUGGGCAACAUUUUCUGUUUCUCUUUUUUUGUGUGUGUUUUUUUUAUUUUUUAUAAAUGAUGCAAUCAUCUAUAUGUAAUAUGGAUAGUAUAAAAAUAUGAAUGUAUAUUUGGCUGAUGGGAUCAUGAAACAUUAGAAUUCCUGUGGACGAUACUUCUAGCACAAUUUAGGCAUAUGUUCUUUUUGGGGGUUUUUUUGUUAAGGUUAAAGGAACUUUUUUUUUUUUUUCCCUCAAAUAUUAUAUACACAUGAGUCUUCAUGGCACUGUGUGCUAUAGUGGAGAAUAUAGCUAGUGAGUCCUCUCCUUUUUCUAUGUCAGAAGUAUGUAAGCCUAUUAUACAUGCUUCCAUCCUUGGAGAUAGAACUACAUAGGUUUAAUGCUGAACACCACCUUCCAGGGAAUGUGUAUCAAUGUUGCAUUCAUACAUAUUUUUGCUGUUAGUAUUGCCACAUCUUGCACAUGAGACUAGUGCACUAAGUGACCAGAUUAAUAUAUUCUUUUACAUCCACAGGUAAUCUAGAUGUUUUUCUUUAUGUGCUAAAACAACAAUAUGAGGAGUAUAUCAAUUAAAACCUUAUAGUUUUAGACCCACUGUUUGCCCCUUUUGUAAGAACCCUUUUAACAAAAUUGCUUGUACAGGUCACUUUCAAUGGCUGUCCACUACCUGUAGAAGUUCAGCCAGUAUUGACCUAACAUAAAUGCUAAAUUUAAAGUGACCUUCAAUCUUUCGAGGCUACUUCACACAGGAAAAUUUAUAUUUUAAAAUAUAAAACUGAAAAUUAUUUUCACUUACAUAAUCUCUACAAUAAAGUGCUUUCAUAUAAAAAAAACAUGUAAACGUGUAAGUAUAUAUAUUUGCACAAUGGCAAUACUUUAUAUAACGUACAAUUAUAUUACAUUAUUGUACUACAUGGAAAAUCUAUAAUAUUGUAUAUGUGUUCCCCAGGUGUUCAGUCUUUCUAAGAAGGAUCUCUCCCAGUAAGUGAGAAAUUGUGUUAAUUUCACUUUUCCUAGGGAAGGGUUAUUUCUUUAACAUUCUAUAAAUCUUUGCGUUCUUGCCUUUUUUAUGUUGCGGCUUAUUUUUAUUUGCCCUACAUUAUGUUUUCAGUUGUAGUUAUUUGUGAUUCUUAUUAGCAGUCUUCCAAAACUAAUGAUAUAAAAAGGGGAACCCACAUUCUACAUAGCUGCCGGCACUUAAAUGGUAUGUGACACACUCCUCUGUUGGCAGGAAUAUGCCCUAAUCGACUGCGAUAAAUACUCUUGUUUCUGUUCUCUCCUGUAUGCUAUGUUUGAUCACAUAAUGGUGCUUUUAUACUGCAUUCAGCACAUCCAUUUUUAGAGUCUACGUUUUAGAUAAAUUUAAAAGGAAAAAAAACUUGCUGUGUUUAUGGAACUACUUCUGUAUUGUUGAAAAUGUUGUAAAAAUAAAAGAAAAAAUAUUUAAUUAC